UCUGUGUUGUCUUGUCUCUCCAGAUACCACCUCCUCAAACUUCUGCAGAAGUUUGGCAAAGUAAAGCAAUUCGACUUCCUCUUCCAUAAGUCUGGUGCUCUGGAAGGGCAGCCUAGGGGAUACUGUUUUGUCAACUUUGAAACCAAGCAGGAAGCGGAGCAAGCCAUCCAGUGUCUCAAUGGCAAGCUGGCUCUCUCCAAGAAGCUGGUGGUGCGGUGGGCACACGCCCAAGUCAAGAGAUAUGAUCAUAAUAAAAAUGAGAAAAUUCUUCCCAUCAGCCUUGAGCCAUCUUCCAGCACUGAGCCAACCCAGUCCAACCUAAGCGUCAGCGCAAAAAUAAAAGCAAUUGAAGCCAAGCUGAAAAUGAUGGCAGAGAAUCCAGAUGCAGAAUUUCCAGCGGCACCGGCUUAUUCUUACUUCAAACCACCGGAUAAAAAAAGGACUACUCCUUACUCCAGAACGGCUUGGAAAUCCAGAAGAUGAUGGUUGUGAAUGGAUCACAGUAGCAGGAAAACGGGGAAUCUUUCAGUGCUUUUGUACUUUGUAGAGUGGGGAGGAUACUGACAACUGGGCGCAGUAUCACUGUGUAGGGUCCGGUGUUUUAUAAUAUAACAUUUUAAGUGUUCCGAUAACUGAUCCUUAUUGCCAGUGUAUGUACAGAAUGGAAUGCCGUCCCAAAAAGAUAAGGUUUCAUCCAAAUUGUGUGGCUAAUACUUAGACAAUCUACAUUGCUUGUCUAUAUUCAUUUGCAAAACCAGAAACUUUGGCCCGUGGGCUGAUAGGAAAGCAAAUGCAAGGAAAGUUGUAUUAAAUUCUGGAUCUUGCACUUAAGAGCAAAUCCAAACGAGUAUGCUGCUUUGCUCAAACUUAUUUUAAGCAGGGAGGGGGAAAUGCUUAGUUUUUUGUUCUGCCUUUUUUUUUUUAAUUGAAGCCAUCAGUAGCUCACAUAGAAAAUUUCUUUUUGUCUUAAAACUAAUUUUAAAAGAAUUUUGCAACCUUUUUAGCAACUAUUGAUGCAGAAUUUAUAUGCGAGGAAGCAAAAUUUUGCACCUUGACUUCUUAACUUUAAAGGUAGAUGUAACCACAGGAGAGCAAGGCAUUUUUAAGUGUUAAAGCUUCAGAACAGUGGUAGACGUCUGCAUUUCUCAGUGAAUUGGAACAAUCAAACUGCUGUACACCAGUGGAUUUCAUGCUGUACACUGAAAGUGGCAGCAUGGUAGACCAUGGGUCCUGAAAUCCCACGUUUGGACAGGAGAAGUUCCUGGGGUAACAUUAUUUUGUUUAAAGUGAAUACAGCGGCAUAUCAUGUAUGCAUAAAUAUAAUCCCUUUUAGCAAUCAGUCCAUAAACCAGAUGUGACAGCGUGAGACUGUAGCACUGUAGCCCCCAAGACAUCUGUCAGACACAUUACCUCCCACGCAGCCCCAACUGCACUUGUGAUUGGUUAGCAAAGCUGCUUGAGUAUGUCUGGGCAUACUUGAGUGACGGGAGUAUGUGGUGUAAUGGUGCUACUGAAUUCUAGGGAUUAUCUUUGCUUUAGAAGGCAUUUCAUUUACAUCUCUAAUGACCUAGUGCUUCUUAGUGCUUCAUUCCAGUUGCUCAGCCCACAGCACAUCCUCCUCGCUGCAUAGUCUCUGCCGUGUUGAAAGACUUGGAAAAAGGGCCCAUAAAACUGCAAAUGCUUGGUUCCUUUCUGUAUACAAUGCUGUGGUAUAUGCACGUGUAAGCAGGAUUUGUAGGGCACCACGUGCUCGCUCCAGGGCAGUAAAUGGGUUUUUCCCCUCUCUAUUGCCAAUGUGUCUACACUCUCACUUGACACUUUCUUUUUUCUUUUUAAAUAAGUGUAAUAUUUUUACCUUGCUAAUGAGCUACAAGCAGUUUACCAACACUAAUACCUAUUACAGCUUCUAAACCAGGCAAGAAAGGAAUCUAAACUGUUCAAGAUUUCUGUCUAAAACCAACAUUUCCCAACUUUAACUAUAUUUGAUGCCUAACAGCACAUCGCUUGCAGUACAGCAUAUACCUGCAGUGCUGCAUAGAAUGUCCUUUAUUCCUCUGAACUGUCUAGAGCUUGCACUUGUCUGAUAGAGGCGGUUUUUUUUGAAACCUAAAAUGGAUCAGUCUUCAGCUGAUUUCCCCCCCCCCCACCCCCCUUUAGUGAGGUACUUCCAAAAAGUGACUGCCUCCAGGAUUAGCACUGCAUCUAUUAACCUCCCUUGCAAACGGAGUCCUUGUUCUUGUUUUGUCACAUGUACAGGGCAUGGGCUGACCUUAGCAAUCCUCCAAGGACUUGUACUUCCAUUAUUGAAAACAAAACUGUCAAUUCUGUUUUUUGAAGCUGACUUGAAAAAAGUAGCCCCUGAAUUGGAAUCGGGCAAACAGCUGUGUUUUCCUUUAACAGCCAUCUUUGAUAUUUAUUUGUAUUUAAAGUAUAAUUUGUUGAGGUUCUUUCAGUUCUGUGUGAAUAAACAGGUUUAAAAUGCA